CAACUUCCUGUUUAGGCUACAAGCGGAUAUGAACCAAGGAGCCUCGAUAAACUAUUUCUCUGUCCAGUUUUUUCUAUAUUUUCUCAACAAUUUAUCUCUAUAAGUAAACAGUUACACGGCAAAAGAUGUCGGAAACGGGGAACCGACUACGGAAGCUGCUCGAAUCGCCCAAUUUCGACCCGCAAAAUUACGUCAAGCAGCUGUCACAGCAGUCCGAUGGCGACAGGGAUUUGCAGGAGCACCGACAAAAAAUCCAAAACCUUGCCGACGAAACGGCUCAAAAUCUGAAGAAAAAUGUUUACAAGAACUACAGACAGUUCAUCGAAACAGCCAAAGAGAUUUCCUAUCUGGAGAGCGAAAUGUACCAGCUGAGCCACAUCCUGACUGAACAGAAGAGCAUCAUGGAGAGUAUCACUCAGGCCCUGCUGUCCACAGAUAAGGAUGAGACGUCUAAAGAGAUGCAGGCAGCUUUUCCCAAGGAGACGGAGGAGGUGAAGCAGAGGACCCUCACCUCACUGUUGGAGAAAGUGGAAGGGGUUAAAAACAUCAUGGACACCCCAGGCAGGCACCUUAUCUACAAUGGGGACCUUGCAGAGUUUGAUGUUGACAACAUGUCCCCCAUUCAGAAGGUGCAUGCUUUCCUGAUGAAUGACUGUCUGCUGAUUGCCACCUGGCUGCCUAACCGCCGUGGCACGGUUAAGUAUAAAUACAACGCUCUGUAUGACCUGGAGAGCUUUGCUGUGGUUAACGUAAAAGACAACCCUCCGAUGAAGGACAUGUUCAAGAUCCUGAUGUUUCCAGACAGUCGCAUCUUCCAGGCAGAGAACAGCAAAGUUAAGAAAGAGUGGUUGGAGAUCCUAGAUGAAACCAAGAAAAACAAAGUCUCCAAAGACAGGCACAAGAAGGAGGAGGAGGUCCCCACUUCUCCUGUUAGAGCUGAGGUAUCCACCAAUCCUUUUGAUAUGGAUGACGAUGAAGACACGGUUGAUGGUGAGGAGAGCGUGAAUCUUAGUCUUGAGUGGAUCCAGGAGCUGCCAGAGGAUCUGGACGUGUGCAUUGCCCAGAGAGACUUCGAGGGUGCUGUUGACCUGCUGGACAAGCUCAACGAGUAUCUCAGAGAUCAGCCUGUCACCCCGAAGGUUAAAGAGCUUAGGGGGAAGGUGGAUGAACGUGUGCGGCAGCUGACAGAGGUCCUGGUGUUUGAGUUGUCUCCAGAUCGGUCACUUCGUGGCGGUCCUAAAGCAACCCGGCGGGCUGUUUCCCAGCUCAUCAGACUAGGCCAGUCCACUAAAGCCUGUGAGCUGUUUCUGAAGAACCGCGCCGCUGCAGUGCAGACUGCUAUACGGCAGCUUCGCAUUGAAGGAGCCACGCUGCUCUACAUCCACAAACUCUGCAACAUAUUCUUCACCAGCCUGCUGGAGACGGCCAAGGAAUUUCAGAUGGACUUUGCCGGGAACACAGGCUGCUAUUCUGCCUUCGUGGUCUGGUCCAGAUCAGCCAUGAGGAUGUUUGUGGACGCCUUCAGCAAGCAGGUGUUCGACAGUAAGGAGAGCCUGUCGACGGCAGCGGAGUGCGUGAAAGUGGCUAAAGAACACUGUCAGCAGCUCACCGAGAUCGGCCUGGACCUGACUUUCACCCUGCAGUCCCUGCUGGUCAAAGACAUCAAGGCAGCGCUCCAGAGCUACAAAGAUAUUAUCAUCGAGGCCACGAAACACAGAAACUCUGAGGAGAUGUGGAGGAGGAUGAACCUCAUGACUCCUGAGGCUUUGGCUAAACUUAAGGAUGAGAUGCGCAGUUGUGGCAUUCACUUCGAGCAGUACACAGGUGAUGACUGCUGGGUGAACCUGAGCUAUACCGUCGUGGCCUUCACCAAGCAGAUGAUGAGCUUCUUAGAGGAAGGCCUGAAGCUCUACUUCCCUGAGCUGCACAUGGUGCUGCUGGAGAGCCUGAGGGAGAUCAUCCUGGUGGCCGUACAGCACGUAGACUACAGCCUUCGCUGUGAGCAGGACCCUGAGAAGAAAGCCUUUGUCAUGCAGAAUGCCUCCUUCCUCCAUGACACCGUGCUGCCGGUGGUUGAGCGGAGGUUUGAGGAGGGCGUGGGGAAGCCGGCCAAGCAGCUGCAGGACCUCAGGAAGAGCACGAGGCCGGUACGAAUCAACCCCGAGAGCACCACAUCCGUGGUCUGAGACCGACAGGAACUUCUGUGGCUUGAAUUGAGGCGCAAGAAUGGCGGCCAUGAAACACCUACACACUCUCUAAACGACUGCUCUUGCAAUUUCAACUCCCAAUUUAGAAAUAAACAUAGCACCUUUGGUUGUUUUUAUGCUGCAUGACAGGAUAUCACUGGAUACAUCACGGAAAAGAGUCACAAUAGCACUAGAAUAAGACAACUUAAAGUGCCCAUAUUAUAGUCAUUUAUAGGUUUUUAGUUUUAGGGGUUCAUCAGAAUUGAUAUACUUUUAAUGUUAAAGAAGAAGAUUAUUUUUCCCAUAGUGGCUCCAAAUAAAGUCCAGCCUGCUUUGAUUUAUCAGCCUGUUCAGCCAAAAUGAGAAAUGGCUUGCUUGCUAUAACUUUACAAAUAGAAACGUAACACUCAGUAAGAAAACCACACACAUUUCAACCAGAACUGGAAACAAGGCAGCUAUUUGUUCUUUUUAAGGGCAGGUCAGACUAGCCAAUAGCUAAGGUGUUACACUGAUCUGAUGUAGAUAAAUCACAGAUGAAAACCUGGACCACAAAUGAUGUGCUCCAGGCAGUGGGAGAAAAUAACUUGCAUUGUCCUAGACUUUGGGUUUUGUAACUUUGCAAAUGUUUUACAUGCAUAAAAAAUAACCAACAGCUUAACUCAAAAUGCAUAAUGUAUUAACAGUGAUUAUUGACACGUGUGAUAACUAAGGAGACUAAGCUCUUCUGAAAGAGGUGCAAUGAUUGUAUGAGGCUGAUGAAUCUAUUGAUCAGACAAACACACUAUAAUUACCAUGAUGGCUAAAGAUCAUUUUAUUUGAAAGUUUAAUUUUGAGACCGUUAUUAGACACUAAAGUAUUCAAGCACACAAGGACUUGAUUAAAAGGGAUGACUGAAGUGAAAUGCACUGCUAAAUGUUUUCUGUUAUUCAGAGUGUUUAUGUUUGACAGUAACACACAGAAAUGAAUAAAGAUCAUUAUGCACAGUCCUCAUUUUA